UCAGAAAUCUAGACAGAAAAGGAGAAGAAACACACAAAGUUUGGAUCUUUUUUAUGUGGGUAUUUGCUAAAGUAUAAAAAAAAAACAGAGAGAGAGAGGGAGAAUGAAGAUACAGUGCGAUGUGUGUGAGAAAGCGCCAGCGACGGUGAUAUGUUGCGCGGACGAGGCAGCUCUCUGCCCUAAAUGCGACGUGGAGGUUCACGCCGCCAACAAGCUCGCCAGCAAACACCAGCGCCUUCUUCUCAGCUCUCUCCCCCCCAAAUUCCCUCCCUGUGACAUUUGCCAAGAGAAGGCAGCUUUCAUAUUCUGCGUGGAGGAUAGAGCACUUCUCUGCAGGGACUGCGACCAAGCCAUCCAUGAGGUUAAUACCCUUUCUGCCAAUCACCAGAGGUUCUUGGCCACCGGAAUUCGAGUCGCUCUGAGUUCUAGUAGUUGCAAUAAGGAAGUUCAUAAGAAUCAGUCUGAACCCUCUAACCAGCAGAACUUGGGGCCUUUGCCCAGCAAAGCUCCGACCCAUCAGCCCCUUCCAUGGGCGGCCAUUGACGACUUCUUCCACUUCUCAGAUCUCGAGUCCUCUGAGAAGAAGGAACAGCAGCUCAAUCUCGGGGAACUGGAGUGGCUUGCAGACGUGGGUCUCUUCGGGGAACAGCUUCAUCAGGGGGUUGUACCAGCAGCUGAAGUUCCCGAGCUUCCAGUUUCACAUUCGAACCACCUUCACUCAUACGGCAGACCCAUGAAGUCCAGUGCAUCCCACAAGAAGCCAAGACUCGAGAUCCGAAAUGAUGAUGAUGAUGAAGAACACUUCAUUGUCCCAGACCUUGGCUAAAGAACUAUCAAGAAGUAGUAAAAAACCUUAAGAUUAUGCAUGUCUAGACACUGGACAGUGUGGCUCGAGAAUGUUCUCUGUUCUUGUCUGAAUCAUAAUACACCUUUUGUAUCAUGUCUUGGCUGUCCAGUGUUGUUCAUACCUCCUGAACAUGGUAUUUGCUCUGUAGAUUUAGGCACUGUGGCUCUAUGUUAUGUCUUAGCUUUUGGA